AUGUGUUGGGAGAUUUAUUAUAGUUGUGCCAGUGAUCCAUAUCCCGGAAUGACGCCUGUGGAAGUGCAUCAGAAGGUUCGAGAAGGGUAUCGAAUGCAAAUUCCCGAGAAUGCUCAUCCGCAAAUUGAGAAGAUUAUUCAGAGUUGCUGGCUGGAAAACCAAGCGGACCGCCCGUCGAUGGCUGACAUCGCGGUACAAUUUCAACGUGUCACUCUCAUCGCUCGACCCAAUUUUGAGCAACAGGGAAAAGAGCUGGAGUUGUUUGGAUUACUGUAUAUUCAAAAUAUUCAAUUUCAGAUUCUGAACAACCUUCGUGUUCCAAGGGGAAGAAAUAUGAGCAAUGAGGCACCGAAAACUGCUACUUGA